AUGGCCAGUGUAAAUUUGACAAUUAACGUUGUCGACAUCAACGACAAUCAACCGACAUUUGGAGCUCCUAUGCAGAAGGUGAGCUUUCCCGAGAAUUCCCCCAUAGGUCGCCUUCAGCCGCUUCGACCGGCUACAGAUGCGGACAUUGAUCCCGCCAAUCGAAUCCAGCGUUACCGCCUCACUGAACCCACGGACACCUUUACCCUUGACCAGAGUCAUCUGCCCGCUAUUCGUCUACGCUCAAACAGGCCCCUCGAUCGCGAGCAUAUCGCCAAUUACUCCGCUGUGCUGGAAGCCUGUGACCGCGAAUACUGUGCCAAAUGCCAGCUCUUUAUCGAGAUUGAGGAUGAAAACGAUAAUUCACCGCAGUUUGAGAGGUCACAGUACUCGGAGACCUUGCUCGAGGACAUUCCUGUCGGCUCUGUCAUCUUGCGGUUGAAUGCCACUGACGCUGAUUCGGGUGAGCGGGCGCAAGUCGUGUACUCCCUGCACGAGUCCGCGGAUCCUGAUCUGGCGGAGACAUUUGAGGUUGCAAACAAUGGAGAAAUCCGACUUCGGAGACCGCUGGAUGCCCAGGUCCGCGCGGAAUAUAGGUUCCGUGUUGUCGCCUGUGAUAUGGUGGCCACCUUCUGUUCCGGGGACGCUAAUUCCACCGCCGAGGUGGUUUUAACCGUGGAAGACAUCAACGACCACCGACCAAUCAUUGAGAGUUCCACCAACCUCUACACCCUCCGGACUUCGCGUGUGUUUGACGCUGAACGCGAGACCAUUGUCACCACGACCAUCAAGUGUCGGGACUCCGGGUCGCCACCUCAGUCCUCCUUCCGUGUUGUGACGCUACGCAUACUGGAUGUAAAUGAAUUUCCACCCGUGUUUUCGCCUCGAGUGCUGCAUAUGCAGGUCAGUGAGAACUCGCCCGCAGGCCUGGAAGUAGCUAAGCUCACUGCCACAGACCAGGAUGAUCAGUCCCAACUGCGCUAUGCCCUCCUUCCCAUCCCCCACUCCACCGGACCCACUUAUGACUCCAACUCAGACCUUGGUUCUGAUUCGUCGUCCUCGUACGGCGGCGGCGAUGCAGGCGCUAACGCUGGAAUCAAUCGACAUUUUGUGCUGGAUCCCAAUUCUGGUUUCUUGCGUACCAGUCGGGUGAGUUUGGCUUCCUGUCUGUCUCUCUCCAUCUUUUUAUAG